GUUACAAUUUCUUCGGAGGAGACCACAUGGAGACAGCAUCCGUGCGAUGGUUUCGCUGACGCAAGUGUUUACAGCGUUGUUCCUCCUGUGACGUGGCACAUCAAAGCACUGACGUACGCGUGGCUUGCUCCGUCUUGCCAAGAACGAGUGGGCUUCAAUCGACGGUACCGGAGAGGGCGUGUCAACUCUCUCUGAUUCUUGGAGGAGUUUCUGGACUAGUCUGGCUGAUUGUUUCUAGGAACUGAUCACCAUGACUCGGUGGGCCUUGCUGGUAGUGCUUCUUGCCUCGUUGGUCUUGGCGUCAACCAAUGCUGCGCCUGUACAAGAUUCAAACAAAGAAACGCCGGAGGUUUCAGCCCCUACGAAGGCAACAGAUACGGUAGAAGCGGAAGCAGAACCAAAAGAAGGCAAGAUUGAGAAAGAGGAAUCCCCCGAAGAAACAAAAGAUGAUGCUGAAGAAAAGGAGAAGACAGAGGUUGUAGAAGGCUCAGGUCUUGACACGGAUGAGAAGGAUGAAACAGUCCAGCCGAACGAGGAAGUGACAAACUUCAAGGAGAUCGAGACAGAUGAAAACAGUCACAUCACCCAUGGCAAUAACGAGCUGUCUUACCCAGGAUCCUUUGGGAAUGACUUCGAUGACUAUCGUCUCAGCGAGGAGGACGCUAUGGAGCUUUUGCGGGAACUCGCCGACCCGACUCAGGUGGCGCUCUUCAUCAUGCAAACUGAUGAUGUCACUGGCUUCCUGAGAUCAGUACAAAUGCUGCAAGAUCAGGGAUUCAUCAGCGAUGAGUACGCCUUCCUCCUCAAGGAGGCAGUAUCUCAGGAAUUGGAGCAGCUUCUUAUGAUGCAAGAUGGGGAGAUGUAUGGAGAUCCUCUUGGACUUCAGAAUGUUGAGCAAACGGAAAAUGAUUACGUUGAUGAGAUGCUGAACAGACCCGUCCCCUACUUCCCCGAAGAUUACUUUGACAACACUCUUCCAUAUCAGCAGGAUGAUUUCUACCCUGAAAUUGAAAAUUAUGAUCUUUUCCGACAGCCAUACUCUGAAGAGACAAUGGCGCUUGCCCAAAUCGCCAACAUUAUUGCUGACCAAAUUGAGAGUGGCGAAAUGUCAACAGCGAAAGGCGAGAGAAUAAUUGACAUACUUUCGCAACUUCUCCCUGAGGGCUUCUGGCAAGACGACGACAUCACGGACGAGAUGAUGGCGGACCUGGGGGAGGCCUUCGCCAACCUGUACCCAGAGAUCCCGGUGGGAGAGCAGUACCAGACCUUCCAGACAGAGGACGACGAGCCCCUACCGGGAGGAGAGAGACACACCGAGGAAGAGGUGAUGGUGGAUGAGGAGGGACAUCCGGUGGCGGAGGUGGUCAAGGUGCAGGAGGAGCAGGAGCUAGGGACGGACGGAGAAGAGGCGGACGAGGAGGAGGGAAAUCCAGACGAGGAGCUGGAGAAGGAACUACUGGGGAUGGAACCUGAAACAUCUGAAGAGGUCGAAAAGGCGCUCCAAGAUGUGGAGAAGCUCAUGACGACUGAUGAAGAGACAAAGGGUAAAGAGGAGGAGGAAACGGAUGAAGAGAUUGGUGACUCAGGCUGGAAAGAUCUUGUAUUGCUGUUGGACGAAGGAAAGAUUUCUGAUGAACUGCUCAAAGAGCUCGGCCUUACGAGGGAAGACUUGAUGGAACUAACAGAGCGCCAACUAGCCAUGAACGGGGACGAGGUAGCCUCAAAACCCUGAGUCCCAAAGACCGGGGCCUUUGGAGAAAUUUACAUCAAAGUCACUUUAUGUCCUAAAACUAAAAGAAGAAAACUUCAGACCAAAAAAAGCACCUUGAAUUUCUGACCACAGAAGUACUAAUUUCAAUCUAUAAAUUUAGAUAUCGAAACCUACAAAUCUGCCUUUGUUUAUUUUUCUUUUAGUACAGGGCAAUUCAAGUUGUAAAUAAUUAGUUUGAAUAUUGGCACUGUCAUCAUUUUAAUCAGUUUUCCACUCAAUAGCGAAAAGAAAAAAGCGACAAAAUAAACAUGAAGGUUUGAUCAAGUAAAAUAAUUGAUAAUCUUACACUGAAGUUGAAAAAGCAUACUUUCAAAUAAUAUGUAAGGAAAUCAUUUAUGCGGAAACUGUAGUCUGUGUUACAUCCAACUAUCCUCUCAAUAGCCUCUUUGAUGUAUGAAUACAUGUAGUAUAUUUUCAUUGUUGACUUGUGAUCAAUCCAUUUGACACGCGUGAUGUUGUUAAGUUAGUGUAAAUUCUCACUAUGUAUUUGCAAUUUAUUUAUUUAUAAAUUAUAUUCCAUUAACAUUACCAGCAAAAUGUGCAAUGAGUUGACAUUUCUUCCUUUCGUUUGAAUUUUCCAAAGAAAAAUCUCAAAGUAACAACAGCUUUGUCGAAUUUCUAUUUUUAUCACAGAUUUUCAUGAGAAAUUUUAAACAUUCCAAUUUAAUUUAAACCAACAAUCAUGAUGUGGUAAGAAAGCUUUCUACGGAACUUAUUCCUUACUUUCUCUCAACUGGCACGCCUUUAACAAAAAAAUAAACUUAGUUUCCAAACCAUAGCAAGCAACCUACGUAUUGAAAUUGUUCUUUCAACCCCUCGCCCUGUGUAAAAUCACUUAUUUUAUUAUUUUUUAUCAUUUUCCAAUUUGACAUAUGCCCAUGUUUCUCUGUAAGACAGUUUCUAAAUACAGAUUGAAAUAUUAAAAGGUUUAUUAAUUUAAUUUUUUUUCAAUCUGGCUAUCUGCCAUUUCAAAAGAUUAUUUAUAUAUUAUUCUUGAAGAAAGAUUUCAAAUGUAUUUUUAUAUUUGAAUUACGUGCAGUAGCCGAGAGAAUAUGGAUGAAUAUUCGCACAUUUCAUUGCUGAGGUUAUUGACAAUUU